AUGUUUGCUAAUGGACAUAACAUUUCAAAAUAACUUAGUCAUGCGUCGCGACAUGCGUUAUUGACAUUUUCUAAUGAAUAACAAUUCGAUAUACAAUCAACAGACAUUUCUGAAGAUAGUUACAAUGUUACAUUAUUUUAUAGUAAUACACUAAUAAACACUUUUCGACCAUAGUGAAUAUUUUAUAUAUUAUUAUCAUUAUUUAGUUUCAUUACGUAACUACCAAACAAUUUUUUUCUGGUACAGUGAUAUUACCGAAUAAUUGCCUUUUUUCUUAUUAUUAAAUUACUUUUAUUUACAUAAAAUAGUUUUUUUGGAUCAUCUAUUGUGCAUUUGUUUUCGAAUUUAAAAAACUAAUUUCUGAUCAAAAUGGAUAAAAAGAAAAGUUCUAAAACUAAAAGGAGUAAAGUAGACUCAACAAAUAACACAAAGAAUGAUGUAAAAAAGAACCAAGUUGAUGAUAAGAAACAAGGAAAAAAAUCAUUAAAAGAGAAGAAUAAUGAAAAAGUUCAAGAUGAACCCUAUGAGUGCGUCGAAUACAAUAAGAAAAAAAAAAAAAAACAAUAUAAUUGAGCUAAAUUCAUUAUGUAAAACUUUAGACGAAGACAAAGAAAUUUAUCAUGGUGAUAAUGUAUUAGAUUCAUCAUCAUCUACUGACAAGAGCAGUCAUGAAGAACAAGCCAGUAAUCAAUCUUUUUGUAAAGAUCAAAAGAAUUCCAAUAAACAUAAAUCAAAACCGAAUAAAGCAAAUAAUAGAUAUAAAAUUGAUUUAGAUAAAGAAUUAGAAUGUAAAUCAAUCAAUGAUUAUAAAGAAGGACAGAAUAACAAAAAAAAAAAUCAAGUUAGUAAUAAAGAUGUUAGUGAAAAACCAAACUAUAGUGAAAGUGAUCAAAAACAAAGCAUAUUUCCUGAUAGAGACAACACUAAUUUGCAAGAUAUACAUAACACGAUAAAUGAUGAUGGAGAAGGAUGGAAUAGCAAGAAAAAAAUUCAAAGUAGAUUUUCUGACAGACAAUUUUCACACGUUUCUGAUAAAUUUGAUCAGAAAAAAGCGGUUGAUAGAAACAACACUGAUUUGAAUGAUACAUGUAAAACGAUUAAUGAUGAUGGAGAAGAAUGGAAUAGCAAGAAAAAAAUUCAAAGUAGAUUUUCUGACAGACAAUUUUCACACGUUUCUGAUAAAUUUGAUCAGAAAAAAGCGGUUGAUAGAAACAACACUGAUUUGAAUGAUACAUGUAAAACGAUUAAUGAUGAUGGAGAAGAAUGGAAUAGCAAGAAAAAAAUUCAAAGUAGAUUUUCUGACAGACAAUUUUCACACGUUUCUGAUAAAUUUGAUCAGAAAAAAGCGGUUGAUAGUGACAACAUUAAUUUGAAUGAUACACAUCAAAUAAUGAAUAAUGAUAAAGAAGGAUGGAAUAGCAAGAAAAAAAUUCAAAGUAGAUUUUCUGACAGACAAUUUUCACACGUUUCUGAUAAAUUUGAUCAGAAAAAAGCGGUUGAUAGAAACAACACUGAUUUGUAUGGGGAUACAUUUAAAUCAAGAAGUUAUGGAAAAGGGAGGAAUUCUUACGAUACAAAUAAUCAAAAGCAAAGAAAGAAUGAAAUAUCCAUUAGUGAGAAUUUUAAACAGAAUGAAACGCAAAAUAGAAGCAACAGUGAUUUACAUGGGAAAUCAUUAAUUAAUCUUGAAAACUGUAUUUUUGAGGAAAUCGAUGAAGAUCUUUUCAAGUUAUCAAAAGAUUAUUCUCUUGCUCAUUGUGUUGCUGAAGAUUUACGGAUGGGAGCGGGUAUAGCCGUUGACUUCAAACGCAUUUUUGGUGGUGUUGGUAAACUAGUUGAUCAGAAAUUAAAAAUAGGAAAUGUUGGUAUAGUUGAACGCCAUAAUCAAUAUGCUUUUUAUUUGGUAACAAAAAAAUUUAGUAAUGGUAAACCUACAAUAAAUACAAUGGAAAAAGUUCUUCGUUCACUUGUCAUCAUUAUGAAGAAAUUCAAUUUAACGAAAUUAGGAAUACCCAAAAUUGGUUGUGGAUUGGAUAAACUUGAUUGGUCUGAUACAAAAUCUCUCAUAAUUGAUAUAUUUUCUGGAUCUGGUAUUGACAUAACUGUAUGUGUACCUUCUAAAUUAAUAGAUUCGAAAACGCCACAGAGAUUAAAUGUUUACAUUUCACCAUGUAAUUUAUGGGAGAUGAUGGCCAAAACCAUAAUUGUUUUAUUUAUUGACUUAGAACAAGUAUGCAAAAAGAAUUGGAAAGACAAUGUAGUUGAUAAUGUGGACACUAAAUAUCCAUUCAAACAAAAUUUAUUAAAAGACGUUAAAAACAAUAAAUUUGACCCUGGUGCCAUAACAAAAUACACUGUUAAUAACGAAGAGAUAAUUUGUAUAUUUAUUACGCAAAACGCAUUAUACAGUUCCUUAGAAGAUGGAUUCAGAUCCAUAGAUAAAGCGUUUAAAUAUUAUAAGUUUUUGGCUAUUCAAAGUGGCCCUAUUGAACCUAGCGAUAAUUUUAAACAUAUAUCAUGGAUAGUAUUAAUAGUACGUUCAAUUAGUCACUCUUGUGAAUUAUGGUUAUGUGGUGAUGUCAGUCAAACAAAUGUCAUAUAUUAUGAUAAAUAUUGUAAAAAUUUGAACAGAUCUUCUAUGAGUUAUUCAUUUCAAUCAAGUUCUCCAAUACAAAACAACAACAAAUAUAUUAGUAAUCGUCAUAGUUUAAACAUGAAAGAAACAAGUAAUCAAAAUCAAAUACGUGAAUCAUCUCAGGAAUAUGCUAAUGAAAAUAGUUUUACAAAAACAGAUACAUGAUUCUAUGUAAGCAUUUAAAUAAUAAAUCUAUUUUAAUAUGUAUAAAAUUAACACACCUUUGCCUAAAUGAAUAGUUAUAAAUAUUAAUAUGUCAUUACAUAAAAUUAAUAAACAUAUUCUUAUACUUGA